AUGAGCGCGGCUCAGACCGGGCCGCCUCACCCUCCGGGCAUCCCCGGGGCUCCGGGGCCGCACGAGCCUGAGCGCGACCGGCCGCGACGGGGACCAUGGGCCGGGGAAGGCCGGGAGCUGUUCCUUCAGCACCGCCACGCGGGCUCCACGCGCCAGGCUGCCGCGACCCGACCUUCUUCUCCAGAGCUCAGAAACCUCCCGGGGCUGCGGGCACGGGGCACCGCCCGCGUAGUCAGCAGGGCCCGCCCCCCAGGAGCUUCCUGGGCCAGGAGGCGGCGCGAGGCCUUGGCUGCUGCGUCCCUCUCCUGCGCGCCCCGCUCGCUCCUGCGCGCCCCGCUGGCUCCUGCGCGCCCGGCUCCUGCGCGCCCCGAAACCACGGCGCCGGUGCGCAGUGACGCGGCCUGCGCUCAUCAACAUGCACGCGGCGCCUGCAGCCCCGCCCGCCAUCCCAAACCGAUCCCGCGCGCCACCCCUGGCCAGGAUAGGCCCGCCAGGAGCGAGGCUCAGAGCGUCGCGCCACGCAGAACCUCGGACCUCCCUCCACACCCCGGGCUUAUCUCAGGGGAUAAAACACACACUUGA